AUGGGUGUCAGAACUAAAAUAAAACAGACGAGAGAUCAAAUUGAUGCAAAAAUUGAACAGUCGGCCGCGAUUGAUGCUAAAAUGAUACAACAGUUGAGAGAACUCAGAGAAAAAAUUGAUGUCAAAGCUGAACAGCAAUUGGCCGUAAUAAAUACAAAAAUAGAAGACGUCACGUCAAAAAUUGAACAGAAUGUUGAUCAAAAGGCAGCUCGAGAUUCAGAUCUUGAACAAACCCUCAUACUAACGGACAAACGCAACCUCAAAAACGCCGUUUCGUACAGUUUUACAUUCAACUCCGAUGAUGGCUACUUAGCCGAAACAGCGCUCUCAGCUGACAAAUUUCAUGGAUGUUUUGAAUAA